AUAUCCGGGAUGAGUGCAGUAUCGCCGUUGGAAAGCGCUGUUUAAAAAACCAUCCUCGCGGCUGCAGUUCUUCUGUCUUUGCUGACAAAAAGCUGUGAGAGCAAAGCCGAGAGAGGCUGUUGUUGCUCCGUCUUUGGACCCUCCUUCCGUUACCUGACCGUGCCGGAUGGAGACUUCAGAGGAUCCACAAAUUAAACUCCUUCUGCAGCCUUGGGCUUCCGUUUGUUUUUCUGAGUCUAUCACAUUGAUGGCUAAGGCUUGGUUUAGUGAUACUAGCUAUAUCUUGCUCCUCUGUGACCUCGAUAACAUGUGGUAUGAAAGUGCAAAUACUGAAGUGAUACGACAGAGGUCGAAGGAGCUAAAUAAACGGUUGACUGCUCCUGCAGCCUCCUUCCUGAACCGCCUGCGCAACCUAGUCUGCCCCCUUCUGGAAGGGAAAGAGAACAGCUCUGUCUCCUUCUCCUGUCAGCUCAGCUCCAGCACGCUGAUGCUCGGUGUAAAGAGUGAACUUUCAGGACUGCCCUUCUACUGGGAUUUUCACUGUGUGGCAGCACCUCUUGAGAUGAUGUCCCGCCACCUUCUGCGGCCCCUAAUGGCAAUGAGUUUGGCCUUGCGCUUCCAGGUACAGGAGCUGGCAUCUUUGCUGCUCCAGAAGGAUGCGGAAAUCGAAGACUACCAGGAGAGUGGAGCUACUCUCAGUCGAGAACGUCUAAAGACAGAACCCUUUAAGGAAGAAUCUUUCCUGCACACAUUUGAGACCAAGACUUUGCCCCAAGCCUGCUGCCUGGGAGAUGGACACUUGUUCACUUCUAACCUAAAACAGCUCUAUGUGGCAGUGACCCAGCAGCAAGCCAGAGCAGCUUGCAAACGGCACCGGGCAGCAUCAGGAGACUGUGGAUCCCUUGAUCACGCUACUUCUCAAGACCAUACAGAAGAGCUGGUAGAUUUGCCUGCUGCGGAAGAAAAGACAGAGAUCCAGUUGCCAUCUACACAGCAUGUGGGAGAUGCAGUGGUUCUAUCUUCCCAAGCCCAGAAAGCACAGGUGCCUGUUGUCAAGACCAAAAGGAAGAAGGCUAAAGGGCUCUUUGGCUGAUGCAACUGAUCCUUUUACAAAGACAGGGAUGCUGAUGCUGUCCUGAACGUCCCUUUGUCUUCCUGGAACAUCUAGAAGAAAGCUGGACUUCAUACUGAAGCUCACAGUUGUGUCACUCUACUCACUUUGCCCUGUUAAAUAAUGAUGGUUGGGAAUAUUCCCAUCUGCACCAGAGAUAUCUACUUUACUGCCCCUGCUUAUUCUUUCCUGCUGACCCAGAAGCUUAGAGAUGAUGGAUUAUGAAGUAGAAGGAAGUGAGCAGAGCUACGUUCUGUACUUUGCUUUAUUAAAGUGUGAAUAAAGAGCUUGGCUAUAAGUUGAUUACUCAGUGCAGUGAUUUCCAUACAUGCACUGUGUAACGCACAGGCUACCCUUAAAAGGUGUCUGAAAAUUGUAGUUGGUGAAAAAUGUGUUAAUUUCUUUAUUUCAAUCAGUUUUCAGAAAAUUACAUAAUAUGUAGCAGCCAGGGUGCUAACUGGCACAAGGUACAGAAAUUAUAUGAUGCCUGUUCUGAAAGAUCUGCUCUGGCUGCCAAUGGCCUAUUGGACACAAUUUAAAUAUGGGAGUUGACCUUUAAAUGGCUAUUUCUAUGACUGCCUCUUCUACUAUAAACUUGCUCAGUUACUGAGAGAGGCAAAAGAGGUCCUUUUGAAGAUAUCCCCCCCUUCUAGAAUGUGGCUAUUUUGUUAUGCAGGGUAGGGACUACUCCUGUGUGGCUUCAGGGCUUUGGAAAAUUAUCUCAUGGUGGUGGACUUGACCUCUCAUUCUCUCAGUAUUUAGGACAUGGCAAAAACAUCUCUCUUUCACCAAGAGUAUUUAGAACUGUUCAUUGAUUUUAGUUAAAUAUAGUUUUAAUUUUAAUUGUAUUGACUUUACCGUCGUCUUUUAUAUCUGUAUUUUGGUUUAAUUAUUAUAAGCUGCCUUGAAUGCUUAUGUAUGCACUCUGUCUUACAAUAAUGCAGAAUUUCAUGAAUAAGAAAAAUCAACUGUACCCUACUGUAAUCCAAACUUAUAGCCUUCCUGGUGGUAGCGAAGAGGUAUCAACAGUAUAUGCCAUGGGUAAUGCAUAUCAAAGGGAGCAUGUGUUGGGUUCUGCUGUCUGCUCUGCUUUUCACUAGGUCACCUAUCUUUCAUUGUUUUUAACUGAUAUUAUCCUUUCCUCUCAUUCCUGAAGUGGUAACUAGUUAUGGGGUCUGUUGCAGCAAAACAGUCUUACGGCAAUUUAAGAACUAUGGAGUAAGCAACCAAAUGGCUAUAAACUGCAGGGUAUCCUCCAAGCAUAUUUGGUAGAACCUAGAGCAUCCCCAGAUCACACCUUCAACAUUUGGCAGCAAAACUGUCAAUUUCUGUGGUAUGAUUUUCCAUUGCUUGUUUGCAUUAAAAAGGUGUACAAU